CGACGCGCUAAGUGGUCCAUACGCAUUUCAAUUAGGGGCAAUGGAUAGUUGUCUUCUGGGACGUUUUGAUCAUUCUGAAAAAAAACUUUUCUAUUAAGCCAAGUGGAUCGCGCCCAAUCUAUUUUUGAGGAUUGGAUUUGCACUGAUUAAGUGGAUAAAUUACUUCCUUAUCUCGGUGCCGGGCUAGUGCAAAACGGCGGAAUCGGCGCUGAUCGAGUGCUUUUCACUGCAUUCGCUCAUUUAUCAGAUAAUAGUCACCAACACCUGAAAAUCCGGAGUAUAAAUAAUUUUGCUGAUAAUAAUGUUUUAAUGUGUAAAACAAACAAGCGCCGGUUGGGUGGCGUCAGCACCCGUCUCUUCGCGAAAGUCUGAAAUAAAGCGUAGUUGACGGACGGUUGGAAUGAGAAACAGUGGAGUGACUUUUUUCUGAGGUUUUUUCCCAUUCGCGUCUGGAUUGAUGCGGUCGUGACGCUGAACGCAUCACCACACAUCUUGAAGACGAGUACCCGCCUCACAGCAUCCCAUGACGGAGCUCAUCACUUAGUUACCCUGAACAUUCAGAAUGGAAUCGAUAAGACUGUCAGAGCUUCCCGACAACCCGCGGGAAUCGGCUAACUUUCUUUCAAACCUAUUCUUCUGUUAUACUAUGCCAACAUUUUUAAAAGGGAGAGAGAAAGACUUGAAACCAUCGGAUCUUUACAGAGCAUUAAACGAGGAUAAAGCAAGUAAGCUUGCUGGUAAAAUGUCGAAAGUAUGGGAAGACGAGGUACAACAAAAGACAAAAGAAGGCAAGGAGCCAAAGUUGGCACGAGUAGCUCUUAAAGUAUUCCGCCUAAUUAUUUUAAAGCAAGCGAUUUUUAUGUUUUGUUUGGAGUUUUUUCUUAAAGUAACACAACCAAUUUUCAUAGGAUACCUAGUAUCUUACUAUUCACACCCUGGCGGCAAAAUCAAAGAUGCUUGGUUGUACGCCGGAGGGGUAAUCCUUUGCAGUGCGCUGAACGUGGCGCUGAACCAUUCUUUUAUGCUGGGUCAGGUUCACUGUGGCAUGAAGCUCAGGAUCGCUACAAUGGGGAUGAUCUAUCGUAAAUCCUUGCGACUGAAUAAAACUGCUUUAGGUGAUACAACAACUGGGAAAAUCGUUAAUCUAAUUACCAACGACGUGGGGAAGAUGGAUUUCGCAUUGAUUGGAUUCAAUGCACUUUGGGUUGGACCCCUUGAAACUAUCCUCAUUGUAUAUCUCAUAUAUCGAGAGAUCGGGGUCUCCUCAAUAGCAGGGGUUAUCUUCUUGUUGCUAUUUAUACCAAUCCAAGGAAUUCUAGGAAAGAAGAUUGCAAUGUUUCGAACGCAAACAGCCACACGAACUGAUGAACGAGUUCGACUCAUGAACGAAAUCAUACAAGGGAUACAGAUCAUCAAAAUGUAUGCAUGGGAGCAGAGUUUUGGAAGGCUCGUUGCAGCUGCCAGGAAAAAUGAAAUCAAAUCAAUACGUGCCUCUUCGUAUAUCAAAGGAAUUAUGCUUUCAUUUAUGAUAUUCAUAACGCGAUUCUCCAUCUUCAUAAGUUUGAUCGUGUAUGCUCUCCUGGGACAGCACGUCACCGCCGAGAAAGCGUUUGUAGUGACUGCCUAUUACGGUAUCCUGCGACAAACAAUGACCGUCAUGUUUCCGCGAGGCAUUGCCCAAUUGGCCGAAACGCUUGUCUCGCUCAAGCGUAUCCAAAGUUUUAUGCUUUAUCCGGAGACGCAAGUAAAACAUCCUGUCGAUGAUCACAUUACUUUGAAUGGAGACCCACAUACUUAUAUUUCAAUUACAGAUACAGAUAGUGAAGAAGAUACUGUCGUCGAUCUAAAAUUAUUUGCUAGACAUCAUAGAAAGCGUGAUUCAAUUGACCAGGGGAUAGAUAAAGGUUAUUUGAAACUAACUAAUGUUAAAGCGAAAUGGAAAAGCGAUUCACCUGAGUAUACGCUUGAUGGCAUUAGUUUUGAAGCGAACCCGGGUCAAUUGAUAGCUAUCGUCGGUCCUGUCGGAUCUGGAAAAUCAAGUGUGAUCCAAGCAAUUCUCGGUGAAAUGCAAAUCGAGUCUGGCUCUGUGGAAGCAAACGGUGUCCUAUCAUAUGCGCCCCAGGAUCCUUGGGUCUUCAGCGGAACUAUACGGCAAAAUAUCCUCUUUGGCUAUCCAAUGGAGAAAAGACGCUAUAGACUAGCAAUAAGACAAUGUGCCUUAGAAAUAGACUUCCAACAAUUUCCAUUCAGAGAUCGAACAAUUGUUGGUGACCGCGGUCAGUCACUAUCCGGUGGCCAAAAAGCUCGGAUAAGCUUGGCACGAGCUAUCUAUCGAAGGGGAUCAAUAUACUUGCUGGAUGAUCCUCUUAGCGCUGUAGAUUCGCACGUCGCUCGACAUCUAUUUGAACAAUGCAUGAGGAAAUAUCUGCGGAAGCACAUAGUCAUACUGGUUACCAAUCAGCUCCAAUUUCUAGAGCAAGCCGAUAAGAUUAUUGUGAUGAAGGAAGGAAAAAUUGAGACUAUGGGAACCUACUCUCAGCUAAAGGAUUCCGGAGUUGAUUUUACCAACUUGCUUUCUGAGAAAGAGGAUAAGAACGAGAAAGAAGAGGAUGAUUUAGUUGAUCUUGUGGCUACUGCCGCGCUCCUUAGAGAAGCUUAUAAUCGACAAAGCAGUAUUGUGUCCAUAACCUCAAUGGAAGAAACGGAAGCCGCUCCUGAUACUCGUUUACUAAUGCAAGAAGUACAACAGUAUGGAUCAAUUGGGUUGGCUACAUACAAAAGAUACCUGCAGGCGGGUGGUGGACCUUUUAUUUUUAUCAUCAUGUUUUUCUUUUGUGUAGCAGCACAAUUGUUUGCUUCAGGUUGCGAUUACUUCUUGGCAUAUUGGGUGGACAGAGAAGCCUCGCUAGAACUUCAUCAAAAUCAGACUCUCGAAAUCCACUCCACGAUGGAUUUUAUUGUAACAAACGAUACACUUCCUACCGAAAUUCAGCCCAGAGAAAGGGAUUCAAUUGACAUUGCUAUCUUCACUGCCCUAAUUCUAGGCACAAUUAUUGUUUCAUUGAGUCGCAGUAUCCUAGUGUUUAAAGUAGCAAUGAGAGCCUCGAAAAAUCUACAUGAUGCAAUGUACCGGGGAAUUAGCCAGGCGACAAUGUUCUUCUUCAACACGAACCCGGCUGGAAGAAUCCUGAACCGUUUCUCGAAAGAUAUGGGGCAAGUCGACGAAGUUCUUCCGUCCAUCCUAAUCGACAUGAUACAAGUGUUCUUUACCCUGAUUGGUAUUCUAGUAGUGAUUAGUGUGGUAAACGUAUGGUUCCUGAUACCAGCUGCCUUUAUAGUUAUAAUUUUCUAUUUCUUGAGAGGGUUCUACUUGAAAACCUCACGAAAUGUAACUAGAAUGGAAGCAGUCUCACGAUCACCUGUAUACUCCCACCUAUCGGCUUCCUUAAACGGACUAUCCACGAUUCGAGCCUUUGACGCACAAACAGUUCUCAUUCAUGAAUUUGAUGACCUGCAGGAUGCGCACAGCUCUGUUUUUUACACAAUGAUCUCCAUAUCACGUGCAUUUGGACUAUGGCUGGACAGUAUUUGUUUGAUAUAUAUCGCUCUGGUAACGCUGAGUUUCUUUGUGUUCGGCGGUGAAAAUCCAGGUAAUGUAGGCUUGGCCAUCACACAAGCAAUCGGUAUGACUGGAAUGGUUCAAUGGGGGAUGCGACAAUCUGCCGAACUUGAGAAUAUAAUGACUGCUGUCGAACGUGUUACCGAAUAUGAAAAGAUUGAAAAUGAAAACCGAUUAGAGAAGGCUAUUGAGAAGAAACCACCGAAAGAAUGGCCAGAAAAAGGACACAUCCGCUUCGAGAAUCUUUCAUUGAAAUACGUACCGCAUGAAACAGAACAUGUUCUAAAAAACUUAACAUUUGAAAUAUAUCCUCAGGAAAAGGUGGGAAUUGUUGGGAGAACAGGAGCCGGAAAAUCGUCCUUGAUCAACGCCGUGUUCAGACUUUCAUUUAACGAUGGCGAUAUUUUGAUAGAUAGUCGUAAUAUAAGAGAGAUGAGCCUUCGUGAUCUCCGAUCAAAAAUUUCAAUAAUCCCGCAAGUGCCUGUUUUAUUUUCUGGAUCAGUUCGAUACAAUCUGGACCCUUUCGAGGAAUAUUCUGACGCUAAAUUAUGGGAGGUCCUAGAAGAAGUCCAAUUAAAAAGUGUUGUUGCUGAACUACCAGAUGGACUACAUACAAAGGUUACAGAAGGCGGGGCGAAUUUUAGUGUGGGCCAACGUCAACUUAUUUGUUUAGCUCGGACCAUCCUUCGGGAGAACAAAAUCCUUAUCAUGGAUGAAGCCACGGCGAACGUUGACCCACAAACCGAUGCUUUAAUUCUGUCAACAAUACGAAAUAAAUUCAAAGACUGUACCGUGGUUACUAUUGCUCAUCGGCUAAAUACUGUCAUGCACUCAGAUAGGGUCAUAGUGAUGGAUUCUGGAAGGAUCAUCGAAUCUGGUGUGCCUUAUUUAUUGCUUACUGAGACGAAUUCGAAAAUUUUACGCCACAUGGCGCAAGAGGCGGGGAAAACAAUGUUUAGUAAUCUAUUGAAGAUAGCAAAGGAGUCGUACGAAGCAAAUAAGAAGGAAGCCUAAACUAUCGCAUUGAAAACGGUUGUGUCAUCCUUAAUUUUAUGUAUGUCUCAACGUAAAUGGAGCUUAACGUAAACGUGAAAUGCCAUCGACAGUUCUAAAGUAUUUUUAACAUCCGAGACUAUAAUUUAGUGAAAUAUUUUAUAUGAUUUAUGAUGUAAUUAUCACUCGAAGCAAAUUAUAUAUACAAAAACAUACAUACACGGAAAGA